AUGCUUUCGCCGUCGCGAGCUCUGCUGUCGGGCCUCGCCGGCCUGGCCGUCUUGAAGCAUGCCACGGUCCUAGCGGCGGCCAGCAGCAACCAGAACAGAGACGGCUUCAUCACGGACGACGCCUACUUCUACGGCCAGUCGCCCCCCAUCUAUCCCUCGCCUCCGAUGACGGGCGGUGACUGGGCGCAUGCCCACAACAUGGCCGUGGACCUAGUUAGCAAGAUGACGCUCAAGGAGAAGGUCGGUCUCACGGGCGGCGUCGAUCUCGGCACCGGAUGCUCGGGCUCCAUCGCCCCCAUUGAGCGCCUCGGUUUCCCGGGCAUGUGUCUCAGCGACGCCGGCAACGGCCUUCGUGGCACCGACCUGGUUAAUGCCUAUCCCAGCGGCAUCCACGUCGGCGCUAGCUGGAACAAGCACCUCGCCCGCCGACGCGGCGCCGCCAUGGCGGCCGAGUUUCGCCGCAAAGGCGUCAACGUGCUUCUCGGUCCCGUCGUCAGCCCGGCCUGGCGUGUCGUUCGUGGCGGCAGGAAUUGGGAGGGCUUCUCCGUCGACCCGUAUCUCUCGGGCUUGCUCGUUUCCGAGAGCGUCCGAGGCAUCCAGGCCCAAGGCGUCCAGGCCUCCGUCAAGCAUUUUAUCGCCAAUGAACAAGAGACCUACCGGACUCCCUCGGCCUCGGGUGCAGAUGAGGCCAUAUCCUCCAACAUUGACGACAAGACAAUGCAUGAGAUGUACCUCUGGCCGUUUCAAGACGCCGUCAAAGCCGGAGCCGGCAACAUCAUGUGCUCAUACCAGCGCAUCAACAACUCCUACGGUUGCGCCAACAGUAAGACUCUCAACGGGCUACUCAAGACCGAGCUCGGCUUUCAGGGAUUCGUUGUGACGGACUGGGGCGCGCAGCAUGCGGGCGUUGCGACCGCCCUGGCUGGGCUGGACAUGGCCAUGCCCAGCGGCGACCAGUUCUGGGGCCAUAACCUGAUCAAGGCUGUCAAGAAUGGCACUGUGCCGGAAUCUCGCGUCGAUGACAUGGUGACCCGAAUCAUGACUACGUGGUAUCAGUUCAAGCAGGAUACCAUCUUCACCAAGCCGGGCUUUGGCAUGCCCAAAGACCUGACGAAACCGCACGAGGCCGUCGAAGGCCGCGCCGCCAGCGCCUUGCCCGUGCUUCUCGUGGGGGCAAUCGAAGGGCACGUUCUCGUCAAGAACACCAAGAAGACGCUUCCUCUCAAAAGACCUCGCAUGCUGUCACUCUUUGGGUACUCGGCCAAGUCUCCCGACGCCUAUGCACCUGGAUCAGGCCUGCUCGCGUCCGCAUCCUGGGCAUCUGGUGCCGAGUCGAUUGACGUGUUCGAGCUUGGCCAGACCCUCAUCAACUCCAGGCCCAGCCCAGACUACUCGACUAUUGGCAAAAAGGGCACUCUCUAUGGCGGCUGCGGCUCUGGGGCCACGACACCAGCCGUCUUCACGUCCCCUUUUGAGUCUCUCAAGGUCAAGGCAGCCCACAAGGACACGGCCAUUUAUUACGACUUCGAAUCGGCCGAGCCGGCCGUCGAUCCGCUCUCGGACGCGUGUAUCGUGUUUGGCAACGCCUGGGCAUGCGAGGGCUACGACCGUCCAGCCAUCCACGACGAAUACACGGAUAAUCUGAUCAGGACAGUGGCGAACCAAUGCGCCAAGACCAUUGUCGUCUUCCACAACGCCGGCCCUCGCCUCGUGGACUCCGGCGAAGCCUUCGUCUCGUUGCUCUACGGCGACUCGAAUCCUUCGGGCAAGCUUUCGUACACGGUGGCCAAGAAUGACACCGACUACGGCCACUUGCUGAACCCGGAUCUACCACACGGCAAGUACAAAAAGUUUCCUCAGUCCGACUUCUCCGAGGGCACCUAUCUCGACUACAAGUAUUUUGACAAGCACGGCAUCGAGCCCCGUUACGAGUUCGGCUUCGGACUCAGCUACACGACCUUUGCCUUCUCCGACCUGGCCAUACGAUUCCCCGGGGUGGCCAACCGAGGCCCGCACCCCGUCGGCGCCGUUGCCGCCGGCGGUCCGACUGACCUGUGGGACGUCAUGGCCGUGGUCAGCGUCUCUGUCGAGAACACGGGCGCCAGGGCCGGCGCGGAGGUGGCGCAGCUGUACGUGGGCAUACCCGGCGAGCCGGCGAGGCAGCUGCGCGGGUUCGAGAAGACGUACUUGAAGUCUGGCGAGCGGCAAGUCGUGUCGUUUGAGCUGACGAGGCGGGACUUGAGUGUCUGGGACACGACGGCGCAGAAGUGGAGGCUACAGAAGGGCACGCACCGCAUCCAUGUCGGCAAUAGCAGCCGCAACCUGCCGCUCACGACCACGCUCAGCAUCUGA